AUGCAUACAUUGCACAAGCAUCACAUUGGGAAGACAGGUCGGAACAAGUUGGAAGGCUUUAUUAAAGGAUUGUAUGAUGAGCCUGCAUGCAGCAAUGAAACGUACUCCCAUGCUGUGCUGGUUGUGGGUUAUGGUACUGAGAAUGGAAAUGACUACUGGCUGGUCAAGAACAGCUGGGGUAUUAACUGGGGAGAGCAGGGAUAUAUUAAGAUGAGCAGGAACAAGAACAAUCAGUGUGCAAUUGCUACUAUAGCAAGCUACCCUCUGGUCUCAAGAGGCGGUCCUGCACUUUCCUCAGUGAGGUGGAAACCAGUGGUGCUUAUUUUCUUUAUGUAUUUAAUUAGUGUGAGUUCACAGCAACAGUGGCCUCAAGCCCUUUCUGUCAACAGAGAGAAACCUCCAGCAGAACAAAGUUCAGGGAGUGACUGCAAUCUGCCUUGA